GUAUUUGGCGCGAAAGGGACAUCGGACGAAGUGAAUGUAAACACUCGGGAGUUUCUAGCAUAACGGUGGAUAUGUCAUCAGCGUUUCACCAUGGAUAUUCGUAGCUUCUUUUCAAGUGCCAACGCGAAGAAAACUAACAAUGCAAGCAACAAAACAGUCAGGCCUGAACCCUCGAAAUUAAACGUAAAGGGAAAGUCAACAAAUGAAAAGACUGGAAGAAGGGGAAAUGAUGGCAGCAAGUCCACCGAGAAGGGAAGGGGGAGUGAUAAAAAGGGUAAAGGUUCAUACUCAAGGGGGAAAACUCAAAGUAAAAGCAAGGCAAAGAGGGUGAUUGCGUUGGACAGUGACGAUGAGGAUGUGAAUGGAAAUGUUGCUGUGAAGAAGGACGAGAAACAGUUAGACGAAGGCACGAAGAAAAAACGGAAACGUCAGGUGAGCAGUGAAGAGAGGAAUGAGGACACAGUCUCUAGUCACAGGAAAGUGGGCAAAAAGGCACACCUUAUUGAAUCAGACUCUGAUGAGGAACCUAUCCCAAGGAAGAAAGCUGGGAGCGGAAAUGACAAAAAGAAGACUGGCAUCGUCUUUAAGGAGGAUUCAGGUUUGUCUGUUGAUGGAGUUGUCAUUUCUAUUGUUGUCAUUCUUAAAAAGUUAAAGUUUUUGUUGACAGACUCUGAUGAGGAACCUAUCCCAAGGAAGAAAGCUGGGAGCGGAAAUGACAAAAAGAAGACUGGCAUCGUCUUUAAGGAGGAUUCAGAUGAGGAACCGACCAAGAAGUCCUCUAUGGGUUCCUUCCUAAAGACACCCAGUCCACAAAAAGUCAAAUCCAAAACUGAAAUCAAGAAGACUGAGACAAAAACUCCGGUCAAUGUGUCCGACUUCUUUGGGAGCAGUUCUGUCCAACGCUCCGACAGAAAAACAGCGGUCUCUAAACGCAAACUUGAUGAAGAUGAAGAGAUUCACGAAGAUGAUGAUUUUGAGAAGACUCUAGCACAACUGGACGAUGUUCAAAAGAGCAAAAAGCCGCGGCUGUCGGAGACUUCCCCACAGAAGUCUGCCAGUACCCCUAGUCCGUCAGGAAACCUAGCCAGCAAGUUGGCAGCUAAAGCUAAGCAAUUUUCCAUGGAAACAUCGACCAGAAAAGUGAAGGAAGAACCAAAGACUCUUGUCCCGGAAACUCCAGAACCCAAACAGAUUUUGAAGAAAGCCAGUCCUGUUAAACUGUCCCCGAAGAAGGUGCUAUCCCCUCAGAAGGAUGUAAGUCCUAAAAAACCGUCCCCAGUCAAGAGUGAGAAAGCUCACGCCCCUAAAGUGUCUCCAGGGAAACCAUCGAAAACCAGCCCCCCGAAGUCUGCCAGUACCAAAACAUCCCCAGAUGUACCGGAGUUGGCGAGUAGGACAUCUUACCGGUCGUACCUGACGAGAGAAGGGCCACAGUCACUGGGUGCUAAGGAAUUUCCAGAGGGUGGAGAAAACUGCUUGGAAGGUCUGACAUUUGUUGUGACGGGCGUUUUAGAAUCAUUUGACCGUGACGAUGUCAAGCGUGAGGUGGAGAGGUACGGUGGCAAGGUGACCGGCUCCGUCAGUAAGAAAACAAACUACCUGGUCGCCGGGAGGGACAGUGGAGAGAGUAAGCUCCAGAAGGCGCGGGGAUUUGGUACCACCAUUCUGGAUGAGGACGGCCUCAUAGAAGUCAUCAGAACAAAGCCUGGCAAGAAAUCCAAAUAUGUGAUACAAGCUGAGGAAUCUUUUAGUAAGGAAAAAUCGAAAACACCAGUUCAAAAGACAAAAUCAGUAAGUAGACUUGCAGAUUUCGAAAGAAGGGCUUCCUCAUCAACGCCAUCAUCUAGCUCUCCAGUCAAGAAGGAAGGAAAAGUGUCAGACGAGCCGGUGUUGAUGUGGGUGGAUAAGUACAAGCCAACCGGACUAAAGCAACUGAUUGGUCAGCAGGGAGACAAGAGUAAUGCCAAGAAGCUCCUUCAUUGGCUAACCAACUGGCACAAGAAUGAAGCUGCAGGUGUCAAACCUCAAGGAAAGUUUUUUGGAAAGGAUGAUGGUGCUGGGACAAAGGCAGCACUACUGUCUGGACCUCCGGGGAUAGGGAAGACUACCACAGCCACACUCGUGUGUAAGGAAGCUGGCUUCUCUUUCGUUGAGCUGAAUGCGUCUGACACACGUUCAAAGAAAAGUCUGCAGCAUGAGGUCGCCCAGGCUUUGGGCAAUGAGACACUUGUGGAUUAUAUGGGGCCUGAUCGCUCAAAGUCACGAGGACACAAGCACUGCUUGUUGAUGGACGAGGUUGACGGUAUGGCUGGUAAUGAGGAUCGUGGGGGUCUACAGGAACUGGUGAGCCUAAUCAAGGGCACAAAGAUCCCUGUUAUCUGUAUGUGUAACGACAGAAACCAUCAGAAGAUGAGAACGCUGUCCAACUACUGUUUCGACCUUCGAUUCCAGCGGCCGCGUGUUGAGCAGAUUAAGGCAGCCAUGAUGUCCAUAGCUUUUAAGGAGGGAUUAAAAAUCCCACCCCCCGCUCUAAACGAGAUCAUCCUGGCAGCCAAUCACGACGUACGCCAGGUCAUCCAUAACAUUUCCAUGUGGACGGCUGGCAACAAGUCAAUCACGUAUGACCAGGCGAAGGACGACUCCAAGCGUGCUCGAAAAGAUAUGAAACUGGGACCUUUUGAUGUGUGUCGGAAGGUGUUUGUGGGUGGAGAUGAAACAGCGAACAUGAGUUUGAUUGACAAGUCGGACCUGUUUUUCCACGAUUACAGCUUUGGUCCAUUGUUUGUGCAGGAGAACUAUAUUAAUGUUUUCCCCUACGCUGCAAGGGGUAACGCAUCAAAGCAUCUGUCUCUCCUGGCUCGUACAGCUCAAAGCAUCUCAGACGGGGAUCUAGUCGACAAAGCCAUCCGCUCACGAAUGGCAUGGAGUCUCCUCCCAACCCAGGCCAUAUAUUCGAGUGUGAUACCAGGAGAGUUAAUGCGUGGCAGCUUCCCACAAAUGGUGUCCUUCCCUUCCUGGCUUGGACAAAACUCGUCACGGGGGAAAUCAGAGAGGAUUCUCCAGGAAACACGUACUCAUAUGAGGCUUAAGAUCUCUGGUGACAAACGUAGUCUCAAUAUGGAUUACCUCCCUUACAUGCGCCACUCACUGACGCGCCCCCUGGUGGCACGAGAAAGCGAGGGCGUACCAGAGGUGAUACAUCUGAUGGAGGAAUAUGACAUCAUUAAGGAAGACUUUGACAACAUCCUGGAAAUAUCAAAAUGGCCGAACAGUGAUGAUCCUUUCAAACAGCUUUCUACCAAGACUAAGUCGGCCUUCACAAGAACCUACAAUAAGGAAGUACACAUGACACCCUACUCCACCGGAGUCCUCACCAAGAAGAAGCGUGGAGGAGGUGUGUCGGUGGCUGGACCUGAGGAAGGCGACGAGGAGGAGGAGGACGCUGCAUCAGAAGACAGCGACAAUGACAAGGACGACUUACAAAAAGACACCAUGAUUAAACAGACAAAAAAGAAGCCAGCUGCAAGCAAAGAGAAAGCUAAAGAAACAACAGGCAAGGGUAAAGGCAAGGGCAAGACCAGCAAGAAGAGAUCCUAGUAGGGGGUCAUGUGGAAAGGCAAACUAUGGAAGAUCCUGGUGGGGGACCAUCUGGAAAGACAAACUAUGGAAGGGUCCUGGUGGGAGACCAUGUGAAAAGGCAAACUAUGUAUGGCCCUUCAGGGGACCAUGUGGAAAUGCAAACUAUGUAUGGCCCUUCAGGGGACCAUGUGGAAAGGCAAAUUAUUGAAGGUCCCAAUAAAAUCUACAUGGAAAAGGAAGCUAUGAAAAAUCAUAGUUAGGAGCAGUGUAAAAACAUAAUAUGUGAAGGACAUAGCGAGGAUUAAAGUGGUAGCAGACUAGUAAAUCUCGCAGCUGUGGACAGUGUUGAAAGGAAGUCUACAAGAUCCUCCUAGUUGGGGUAUAUAGAAGGUCCUAGCGAGGAGGUUUAUGGUAUAUAGAAGGUCCUAGCGAGGAGGUUUAUGGUAUAUAGAAGGUCCUAGCGAGGAGGUCUAUGGUAAAGCAAUCUGUGAAGGACCUAGCCAGGGUUGAAGUAGGUAGCAAACUAAUGAAUCUCACAACUGUGAAAAAGCCAUUAGAACAAUGCUUCUGACCAGGAAUCUUGAGACGGUGAAGUGUGAAGGUCCAGUGGUUAUUGAACCUAACAUCAGAGGACACUGAUGGCCAUUGAACAUAGUGAUUAUUGUGUGGUCGGCUGUGAACUUUGACCUGUGGUGAGGACCAGGUGCUUGUCUUUGACCGAUGUUGGUCAAUACAUGGGAAUACUAGCUUAACUGUGGAUAUGGGAAUGAAAAAAGGAACUUGCUUCAUUGUGAAUAUCAACAUAAUUGCCGACCUAUGGACACAGGAAUAGAAAAUGUACUGGUGAUUGCUUGUUUAUCUGCUUUUACCUGUGAUAAAACGUGGGAGGGGCAGGAGUAGAUAUCAACUCUGGGCUCAUUCCUAAAUUUCUCUUUAUAAUGCAGGGAAGUACUGUAAAGUCUUACCACAGGUAUAGAUAUUAACACAUUUACCCCUGAAGACACCUUUGAACUCUUCCAAUUCAAAGGUUGGAAUAGUGCAUUAUGAAAUUUCAGGGGUGAUUGAGUUAAUGAAAAAUCAGUGUUUCCUCUCAUUGGUGGGUUGUGUUAUAUCGUAUGAGUAUCAAUACUUAUUGACUUGGGAUGAUUACUAGGAACCUGUUGACUGUGGUAGUAGAUUCACCAAUCCACUGUUGUAUUUUCUAUCGGUUCGGUUCAAGGUUUUCUUUAUUCUCCGUCUAUGAUAUGGUCACCGCACACUCUACGUCAGUAUGGGAAGGCAUGUGUGGUUAAUAGUACGACCAUUAUAGAUGUUACGUUGUGUGUGAUUGGUUGAAUGUGAUUAAUUUGUAGUCUUAUAAUCCAAUCGUUUGAUUUCAUUUCAAAACCACAACUGCAUGUGGCAACUCAUUUUACUGUUAAUGAGACAUUUAAGUUUAAAAUACCUCUGUGAUUCCUGCAUGUAAUUGGUGCUGGAGUACGUUUGAAUUUUGUACUUCAGAGAAAAACAAGAGACUGAUUACUAAUUAAUUUCUACAUGUAUAUAUAUGUUUGGUUGCAACAUGUAAGACAUGGCUACUCGCUUAAAAUGAACAAAUAUUUUUGGGGAAUGUUAUCAUAUUAUACAUGUACCAUAAAUGUCAACUAUCCCUCUUUGAAAGAGAUUGUCCCUCUGAACCCAAAUAUUCACUACCUGAUAUUUCAGAAGGCAUGGUCUGGUCCCUCUAUUUCAUAAUGAUGACCAGAAGGCUUUAGUCACUCUCAGAGGCCAAUGCCAAAUUUUUACAGCAUAUAAUGCUAAUACAUGUAAUACCACGGGUAAAAUUUUAUACAACUCAAAAAUGUGUUAAAAUCAGUCAGGUGAAUGAAAAUGGCCAAACCAAAGAGUGUGAUCAGUACACAUAUACUUCAGGCUCUGUUUGACAGAAUGAUGGCAAACAUACAAAUGUCCUGCAAUGUUUCAAACCAUGCAGUUAUUUAUAAGAUAAAAAAUAUGGAGAAAUUGUCGAUUUUGUGUCUUUUCUUUCUACCAUACAUUUGGAAGGCAGCAACAGUUCUGUUUAGUAUGGACUGGGUUAACUUUGUACCAUAGUCAAUCUAGUAAAUGUGCCUGCAUGUGUCUGAAAGAAGUUUUCCUAAUUUACUCUCAAGUUCUAAUGCAAGAUUUACCUAAAGAUAAAAUGAGUUUCCAGGCCCUCAGUGAAAGAAUGAUCUGUUAUAUGAUUUUGUAAAAACAUACAUUGCUUUUUAGGAUGAAAUCAGUUACAAUUUUUUUUUUUUUUUUUUUAAAUAUAA